AUGAGUGAAAGUAUCGAGAGACAUACAUUCAAAGUAUUCAACCAGGAUUUUACCGUAGAUAAACGUUUCCAACUGAUAAAGGAGAUCGGUCAUGGUGCUUACGGUAUAGUUUGUUCUGCGAGGUUUGCAGAGGCAGCUGAGGACACCACCGUAGCGAUCAAGAAAGUUACAAAUGUCUUUUCCAAGACUUUAUUAUGUAAGAGAUCAUUACGUGAAUUGAAAUUAUUAAGACAUUUCAGAGGUCACAAGAAUAUCACUUGUUUGUACGACAUGGAUAUUGUAUUUUAUCCAGAUGGUACAUUCAACGGGCUUUAUCUAUAUGAAGAAUUGAUGGAAUGUGAUAUGCAUCAAAUUAUUAAAUCUAGUCAACCUUUGACAGAUGCUCAUUAUCAAAGUUUCAUUUAUCAGAUUCUAUGUGGGUUGAAAUAUAUACAUUCAGCAGAUGUGUUACAUCGUGAUUUAAAACCUGGAAAUUUGUUAGUUAAUGCAGAUUGUCAGUUGAAAAUUUGUGAUUUUGGUUUAGCUAGAGGUUAUUCCGAAAAUCCAGUUGAAAAUAAUCAAUUCUUGACUGAGUACGUUGCCACCAGAUGGUAUCGUGCCCCUGAAAUCAUGUUAAGUUAUCAAGGUUAUACAAAGGCCAUCGAUGUAUGGUCUACGGGUUGUAUAUUAGCCGAAUUCCUUGGUGGGAAACCAGUCUUUAAAGGUAAAGAUUAUGUAGAUCAAUUGAAUCAAAUAUUACAAGUAUUAGGAACACCUUCGGAUGAAACAUUGAAAAGAAUUGGUUCGAAGAAUGUACAAUCGUAUAUCCAUCAACUAGGUUAUAUUCCAAAGGUUCCAUUUGUAGAGUUAUACCCGAAUGCCAAUCCUCAAGCAUUAGACUUAUUAGAGAAGAUGCUUGCUUUUGAUCCACAAAGAAGAAUUACUGUGGAUGAAGCUUUACAACAUCCAUAUCUUUCUAUCUGGCAUGAUCCUGCUGAUGAACCUAUCUGUGCAGAUAAAUUUGAUUUCAGUUUCGAAGUAGUGAAUGAUAUGGAUGAAUUAACACAGAUGGUGACUGAUGAGGUGCAGGAUUUCAGAAAAUUCGUUAGACAACCACUACUGGAAGAACAAGAAUUACAUCAACAGCAACAACAGCAGCAAGAAUUACAUCAACAACAGCAGCAAGAGUUAGAACAACAACAGAAGGAAAGAGAUAUCAGGAAACAUACAUCAACUAGUAGUAUGCAUUCAAACAAUCAAAUCAGCCAUUCAGAAUAUGCGACACCUAUGCGUCAACCAGGAAGUUCUAAUCAAGCUACACCCUUGCAAGAUUUUGGUCUACAUGCUCAUGAUUUACCAUCACAUGAUACAGACUUACCUCCUAGACCUCAUGAAAACUUGUUAGCCUCACCUGUAGGUGUCGGCCAUACGAUGCCACCUCCUGGUACAGAUGUUCAGAAUGGGAAUGAUGGCCAAACUGGACUAUUUGAUCUAGAGAAGGAGCUGGCAUUCGGUCUAGACAGAAAGUACAUAUAG